UGUAAGCUGCUAGUUAUUCAAGUUAAAAAAUGAAAAAAAAAAGUUGUAUUAUUUUCGAGUGACAAUUUGCUUGUUCCUAAUUUUUAAAUGACUGUCGUAUUACUUCACCCACGUGAGUAUAUUUAUCAUGUGAAGUAUAAAUUCUUUUAUUAAAUAACCAGUGAACUAAAUCCAAAAACUUUCAUUACAAUAAUUUAUUUAUUUUUGUAUGAAUUUUUGAAAUGAAAAAUUUUUCCAAUACUAGUAAUUAUUUAGCAUGAUUCAACACUAAUGAAUGGAUGAAAAAUUUUAUACAUUUAUAUUUCAAUGAUUCAACACAAAGAAAGGUAGUUUCACCUUCAACAUUUUGUUUAUCUUAUAUGUAGAAUUAAAUUAUAGAUGGCUACUUUGGCUAACUAUUUAACAGUUGUAUUAUUAUUUUUAUUGACAAAUAAUAUCACUGUGAAUGACUUGUAAAAACUAACUAAAAGUUUAGUCAAACAACAAGAAAAAAAAAAAGAGAGAAAGAGAUGGGAACAAAAAUCAACGUCACGAUUAAUAAUUAUUAUUGUUUAACAAUCCAAGAGUGACAGCGAGUCCUUGAAUGUUUUGUCGCACCAGUGAACGUGAAUAAAUCAUUCAGUUUUUCUCAUCUAGACAACCAGUGUACGUGAAGAUAAAAAAAGGAGAGAAUAAUAUACAUUGAGGAGAGAUUUAAUUCGCGAGUUUGCACAUACACGCACGUUGACACUUUGACUAACGAAUAAUUUUGUGUCCCACGUGCGUAAAAAUUGUAUGAAUAAUUUGUACAUAUUCAAGUGCGCUGUUGUUUAGUUCUUUUCAGUGCUAUAUAAAAUAAAUAAAAUAAAUAAAACGGGGUCACUCGCACCGGACAUUUACACAGGAACAUUUAUACCAGUCAGUGGCAAACAUGCUACUCUGUCUCUUCAUCGUGACACAUCUCAUUGCUGGUGUUUUGCUACAUAGUUGCAACCAUGAACACAAAGAUGAAUUUGAUGAUGUACAGAUUGGUGUUGUUAUUUCACCAGUAAUGUCAAAUAAUAUGAUACGUGAAAUUGGUAUUUACUGGAAAAAUCCAAAUAUUAAAAUUGGUGAUAGUGUUGGUCUUUAUAAUAAAGAUCCAAAUUUUAAUGAUGCAUUACCAAUAUUUAAAUUUACACCUGAUAUACCACAUGGUUUUAGAAAAACUGGUAUAAGUGCUGAUUUUAUACCAACAUCAAAAUUAUCAUUUUCUAAAAAAUGUUUAGGCUAUUAUGUAGCUUGGAUAAGAGACGAUGUGGUUAAAAAAACAAAUUGUUUAUCAACAAAUCCAAGCUGGAUGGGUGAUCGUAGAAAAACACUUGAACAUUUAAAAAUGAGAGAUAUUUUUUUACCUGGUACUCAUGAUUCAGCAGCUUAUGCAAAACAUAAAAAUUCACAACUUGAACUUAUUGUUGAUAAAUAUACAAUAACACAGGAUGAAGAUGUUCUUGCACAACUUAUUUAUGGAGCAAGAUAUCUGGACAUUCGCAUUGGUAGAUAUCCAAAUCAUGAGCAUACUUUUUGGGGUAAUCAUGGACCAUUUAGAAUUGUACCAUUAAAAACAGUUAUAAAUGCUGUUAAAUAUUUUCUUGAUAAAACAGAUGAAAUUAUAAUUUUUGAUGUACAAGAAUUUCCGGUUGGUUUCAAGACAAUGGCAGCACAUUAUGAGCUAACUGAUUAUCUAGAGAAGGAAUUUGCUCAUUAUUUAUUACCACGUCCUGCAAAUGGUUGGAAAAUAACACUUGAGGAUAUUUGGAAUUCUAAUCGUAGAUUAAUAAUUGGCUAUGAUUAUGCAAGUGUUGUUGCAUCGAGAACAUGUGUGUGGCCUCAAGUUGGACAUCAGUGGGGCAAUGUCAGAACAAUUGGGGCACUUUAUAAACAUCUUAACAAAGUUGAAACUCAAGCUGCUGAAGAGUCCUUCAAUCCAAAUCCUUCAUCACAACCACGAGCAGCAAUGGCACAAUUAACACCAACAACAUUUGAUGUUAUAUUCGAUCGACUUGGUGGUCUUAGAAAAAUGGCUGAAAAUGUUGACAUUAAUAUUACAGAAUGGUACAAUGAAGAAUGGCAACAUACAGCAAAUGUUGUUGCUGUUGAUUUUUUAAAAGCUACAGGAAUUGUCGAGACAGCCAUUGAAUGGAAUGACAAACGAGCUGCCGGUUGCUGA